GAGGCGGGGCGGCCCGACGGCCCCAUAAAGGCGGCGUUGGCGGCGGCGGAGCUCCGGAGCGCGAUGUCCCCGACGGGCUCCCCUCCACCGAGGCCCCCGCGCCGCCCCGCCGCCGAGAUGCGCAAGACCCUCAAGCCCCUGCUGGAGAAGCGGCGCCGCGCCCGCAUCAACGAGAGCCUCAACCAGCUCAAGGCGCUCAUCCUGCCGCUCGUCGGCAAGGACAGCUCCCGCUGCUCCAAGCUGGAGAAGGCAGACAUCCUGGAGAUGACCGUGCAGUUCCUCAAGGAGGUGCCGGCUGCGCCCUCGGCACCAGAGCCCUCCGAGAGUUUCCGUGCCGGGUACCGCGCCUGCCUGGCCCGCCUGGGCACCCUGCUGCCCCCCCUGCCGCCACCCGCCACCCGCCGCCACCUCCCGGAGCUGCCGCCUGCCACCUGCCCCAAGGCCACCCCGCCGCCGCCCACCACCCCGCUCUGGCGGCCCUGGUAGCCCCCCCCCCGUGCAUCGCUGUACAUAGCCCUAUUUAUUUGUACAGACCCCAGGGACCCCCUUUGUACAAAUAAACCUUUUGCCAAAGCUGCGCUCUGCUGCCCGGGGUGCACCGAGGGGAGCCCGGCUGGCCCCCAGCUGUACCCCGGCUCGGUCCACGUCCCUCCUGCCUGCACCACCUGCCCAGGCCUCCCCCCGGGAGCGGUGAAACGGCAGCCAGCGUGGUCCGGCCGCAGCCACGGCCCCCCGGUAAUUACCCGGGCAAGCUGCGGCACGGGCACCUUGACGCAAUGGCCUGGCAGCGCUCGCACCCUGCUCCUGCAUCAGGCCUGGGCCUGUCCCCAGCCUCGCACGUGGGCACGCGGUGGCCCUGCCAGCUCCUGGCCGCGGAUUUUGGACACCAGGGAAGCUGCGUCCACCUUGGGGUCUUGGGGGAACCCCCAGAGGAGGUGCCACA